AGCAAAUUGGACGGCGAUUUAGUUGAAACUCAUAACAAGUGUUUUGGAAACUGUGAAAGUACUUAAAUGUGUAAAGAAUUAUUUUAGCGUUAAACAAAUAUAUUUUUGCAAGCGUUUCACAAGUUUGCCCACACACACUUUGCACCUCACACAAUUCGAUAAUCAAAACAUCGCGCCCAAUUAAAUAUAUUGUGAAAACUUGAUUGGCAUGCAUGGGUCAGCAGCGCUGGAAGUAUGUAUAAAUUAAAGUGUUAGCUAAACCGCUAUACUUGCAUACAUUCAUACAUACACAUAUAUAUAUAUAUACAUACAUAAGAGUACGUUCCGCGCACCACUCAAAGUGGUUUACUAUUCAAAAAAUCGCUACUCACUGUCACAGUCGAACGUUGAAAGUGCGCGCCCACAGAAGCAUUCGCAUGUGCAGAUAUUGUUCACUGCUGUCGAAUCGAUUAUAAAUUUCAUUUAUUUACAUAGCUACUUUAUACACUUCGUAUACUAUAUUACGCGUUAUUUGUCGCCGGUGCGACUCAUUAGUGGCCUAGCAAUGCAAUUACUUCCCAAUAUUAAUAAUUGCAAUCCAUUGAAAAGAGACGCCGCAAUAAUUUUGGUGGUACUCUGCAUUUUAUCCGUCAUUGAUGGGUCGGCGGCACGUAUUGGUGGUCGAAAAUAUACCAACAAUUACCGCGAUGUCAAUGAUGACACAACGGUGAACGUGAAUGGGGAGAAUACGCGCCCAAUCAUCGGUAUCCUAACACAGGAAGUUUCAAAUUUUGUGCUCCGUAAAUAUCCGGAUAAGGACUACACCAGUUAUAUUGCCGCUUCGUAUGUGAAAUUUGUUGAAGGUGCCGGCGGACGUGUCGUACCGAUUUGGAUUGAUCGAGAGAGGGAAUAUUAUGAGGACAUUAUGUCUAAGAUUAAUGGUGUGCUACUGCCUGGCGGUGCAACCUACUUCAAUCAGUCAAAUGGCUAUGCCGACGCCGGCCAACACAUUUACAAUAUUGCCAUCGAAAUGAAUGAAAACGGCUCAUAUAUGCCUAUUUGGGGAACUUGCUUGGGCUAUGAGCUGCUUAUCUAUUUGACGGCGAACGGUACAGAUUUACGCACCGAUUGCUCCUCAUCUGCGCAAGCAUUGCCAUUGGAAUUCGAGCAGGGCUACAAUGAGAGCAGGCUUUUCGGCGAAGCAAAUGAUGAAGUGCUGUAUAUUCUGGGCACCUACAAUGUUACAGCAAAUUUUCACAUCUUCUGUUUCACAAAAGAGACGUUUGCCCUUUAUGGUCUUAACAACUCCUGGGACGUGCUGAGCAUCAACCACGACCGUUAUGGCGCCGAAUUCAUAUCGACCGUCGAACAUGUCAAAUAUCCAUUUUAUGGCGUACAAUUUCACCCAGAAAAGAUACUUUACGAAUUUGUACCUAAUCGUAAUAUUACCCACACCUCGCAAGCUGUUAUCGCUUCACAAUAUUUUGCAGACUUUUUCGUGAAUGAAGUGCGUAAGAAUUGGCACCAUUUCGUCAAUGACACUGAGGAGAUGGAGGCACUCAUCUACAAUUAUCAACCGGUGUAUACGGGUGCUAAGGGCUCAGCGUUCGUACAGCAAUAUUUGUUUGAGUCGGGCGAGGGCUACAGCGUAGCUGCUCAGGCUGGCGCUACAAAGUUGCAAUGUUUGUUGGCACUAAUUACGUUAUGUGUGGCAGAGGUGUGGAGGCGCAUAUGACGUCAAGACAAUUAUCGAAUUUUCUGGCUAUUCGGUCACUCAGUAACGUUCACAUAACGGGCGUAUUGCCAACAGUUUUCGCCAAACACCUGCUGAGAAAAUAAAUCUAAAUAAGAACAGAUGAACAUUAAAGUAAAGAGACGCUAGUGGAAUUAAAAUGAAGUUAUGAGAUAAUUUCAUUUCCAUUUAAUUUUUAAUUAUUUUUUAUUACGUGGACUUAGGUAGUGGAAAGCAGAACUGAAAUAAAAUAAUUUGUAUGGAACGAAGCCCUUCGCAGCCAGUUUACUCAAUGAAAAGUUACUUUAAAAAUAUUUACACCUAAUUUAUAAUAAAUCAAUAAGUACAUAAAGCAAUUUUUAAAUAAU